AUGGGUAUCGUUGUGAGUGGCGAAGAUCGCAAGUCCAGCUCCUCGGAUGAGCAGCAAGCAAUUGACGAGAUUGCGGCCGAGAACGACUUUGGCUUGGUCAUUACCACCCUUGAUCAGCUCUUUGUCUUUUUCGGGACAUGGUGGUCCUCUUCCUUGACUGGACGCAUAUAUACUUUCCGACAUUACACGCACGCCGCGUUGCUCGAUGUGAUUCGAUCAGAGCGUGAAAAUACGGGCGUCCUGGGCUUCUAUUUUGCUGGAAUACCAGCAUGGACCAUAUCCAGCGGAUUAGCUAUCGCUAGAGACAACCCAAUGAAGCGUGUCUUUGCCGCAGCUCGCGACUAUGUGCUUGAUCUCGCUGGUGCUGACAAACUUUCAUUUGGAGUUCGAUCAUUGUUCGUCUUGACCUACUCAGUCUUAAGAACGUCCCUUCUCCUAGUGUCUAUUAAGACACAUCUAUACUCCCUGCUUCAAUCCCUUGCUCUGGUUCCUUCAAAUGCCAUACCCACCGUCACAAGUCUCUUACCAUUCGGCAACGGAUCCUUGCUUUUUUUGCCGUCACUGCCUACCGAGGUAUCAGGACAUUCCAUCUUUCAUUUCGCCAUGCGCGCGUUGACUUCUCCGGGGGUCUUGGCUUUUAUACAUGCAUUUUAUCUCCGUCCGAAUCUCGAGGAACGGAUAUAUCGACUGAUUCGUCGCCAAUUGCCUAAGCCUACCCCAGCAGAUAAGCUUUCUGUCCGUGUUGCCUACGAUGAAAACCUCAUCGAUUGGAUUGUGCCCGCGCUUGGACGUCAUUCCGAAGAAGAAUCCCGCAGAGAGCAACUGACACUAAUGGAAGAUUUGAAGUACGAAGCACUUGUCUUCCGUGACUGGAUUUUUUCCUUCCUCGGCUUUCAUCCGCGCUCCUACGCGAUUCGUCAGGCUUCGGGUAAUCUCAAUCAGGAAAGAAUACGACAACUACGCCAUUCAAUAGAAGAUCUGCAGCAUCAAUUGGAGGACGUUCAAUCUCGCAAUGCUUUCGUCGGAGGACUAUCUAAUAGCAGCAUGGCGAAUCGCGCACAUUCCGCUGGUAACCACAACUCCGAUGAUGCGCACCCCUCUAGUUUGCAGACAAUUAAUGAGCACGAGCGAGUACCUGGAAUGCAAAUGGGCAUCAACCAAGUCUUCACAAAUGAAAAUCGUAUUUCCCAAUCCCCGGGGGAAAUGAGCAACGAUUUUUUCUCUUCCGUGACUGGAGCACUGGGCGGUACGCCGGUGCAUCCACCAACGUCCAUAUCAAGAACCCCAAGGCGCACUGCUCAAAGCAAUGACAAUGAAAAUGGCAUAAUCAGAAGUCAGCUUCACUCUCGAACAAACACCUUGUCCUCGCGCCCAUCAUCGCCUGAAACAUCCUCCCCGGCGUCGCCUCGGGUCAGAGCGUCGCUCAUUCACCAAGGUUCCGAUGUCAUCACGAUGCAGUUAGAGCUUCUGAGCAAUCGUAAUCAUCACGGCCCGAACUCCGGACCCAUUCCAAUCUCAUCCGCCUCGCACCCAGGUCAUGUCAAUGCUGGACUACACCCUUUGUCGACGACCGCGUCAGAUCGCAGGUCGAUCGCCGACUUUCUUGAAUCUCUAAUUAUGAGUCGAGCACAGAGCCAACCCCCCCAGGCUUCAUCCGCUGAAAAUCAUCAGGAUAUCGUUCCAGCCGCAUCCACAGCACACAGCCUGGCGGCACAGGAUGUGAGUGGUGUCGAGCACCCUCUGCGCCAACGAUCAGAAGUCGUGACAACCGUUGAUCAGGCCGCUCAGUUCAACCAAGACGACGAUGUGGCGUCAAAUGCCCCAACACUCCCCCUCCCGCCCGAAGAACGUGAGCGUUGGGUCGGUCGCCAUUCUUCACAACCGGCCCCCCGAAAUCAACGAAUUGCGGCGGAGAAUGGAGUCUUCGGUAACGCCCCUCCUCCACCUCAGAGAUCCAGAGGUGUUGAACAAGCGAACUCGACCAAUCCAAGUAUCGCUCACCGAGUAACGCUGCUGUCUGCUCAUCCCGUCGACUCACUCGCGUCCCAUCUUGCGUCAUUUAUCGCGACUAUGAUUCUUUCCCCUCUCGAAUCCUUAUGCCUCAGGUCAUUAGCAUCCUCAUAUCUCGCUUCAAAUCCAUUGUCUCGAGAUCGAGAGUCAGUCUAUCCAAUUGGACUCUGGUUUGGCGGUGAUUCCUGGCCAGACAUGUUUGCCUACAAUGGCAGAAUUAUACUAAUGCGGGGGAUGCAAGCUGCAAUUCGAGCUGGAAUCUGGGGCUUCUUGGUCAGCUCAACGAUGAGGAUUGGGCGAAAGUUCUGUGGGUGGGGAAAAUUAUAG